CUUCUACGUGGCUUCGUCGUGCCUACCCGGCUAGCGGCUAUACCCCCAGCUCUGCCUCUUAUCAUGUCUUCUCUUCUCCUACGCCGUACGAGGCACGUAGCAUAUGCGGCCGCAUAUCCAUUGAAGCCUAGACAGUGAUCGAACGAUGGAGAUGACGACCAGUGGCGCUGGUGGCGUGACAAAGCUGGACGACGACGACUAUCCAUCGGCGGCGGCGGCAGACCGGUGUCCGCCGGGGACAGAGAAGAAGAUGUGCCGCCGGGUUUUGCUCGUGGGUAGCCUGGUGACGCUGCCCCUCCUCGCGUUCUUCGUCUUCAGCCGAGAGAACGCGUCAGUGGCCUGGUUACAGGUCGCUAUUGCCCAGCUCACCGCCACGAACGACGACGACGGAGCAGCAGGCACGCGGGUUUAUGGAGGGCGACGCUCCUCAUGGCCACGAGCCCACGACGAGUUCCUCGGCGGGCUGCUCGCGCCAGGCAUGGACCGGCGGUCGUGCCGGAGCCGGUACCAGUCGUCGCGGUACUACAAGCACUUCCCCUUCGCGCCGUCGCCGCACCUCUUGCAGAAGCUGCGCGGGUACGAGGCUCGGCACAGGCGGUGCGCCCCCGGCACGCCGCUCUACGCCAAGGCCGUCGAGCAGCUCCGGUCUGGCCACAGCGCCGAGGGAGGCACGGAGUGCAGCUACGUCGUGUGGCUCCCCUUCGACGGCCUCGGCAACCGCAUGCUGUCCAUGGUGAGCGGCUUCCUCUACGCGCUGCUGACGGGCCGCGUCCUCCUCGCCGCGCUGCCCCCGGACUCCUCCGACCUCUUCUGCGAGCCGUUCCCGGGCGCGACGUGGCGGCUCCCGGCGGAGGACUUCCCCGUCGCCAACCUGUUCGGGGUCGGGCAGGACAUGGAGCGGUCGUACACGAAGCUCGUUGACGGCAUGGUGGCCGCGAACGCGACGGCGGGCGUGGCACCGUCGUACGUGUACCUGAGCCUAGGGUGGCUGCUCAGGGACGGUCUUUUCUUCUGCGGCGAGCACCAGCUCGCGCUCCGCAGGGUCGACUGGCUGCUGCUGUACAGCGACCUCUACUUCGCGCCGUCGCUGUACGCAGUGGCCGAGUUCCAGGACGAGCUCCGGCGGCUGUUCCCGGAGAAGGAGAGCGUGCACCACCUCCUGUCCCGGUAUCUGCUCCACCCAGCCAACCCCGUGUGGAGCAUGGUCACCAGGUACUACCGCGCCUACCUGGCUCCGGCGGCGAGAAGGAUCGGCGUGCAGAUCAGGAUGUUCGACCACGCCUCCAUCCCGGCUGACGACAUGUACGGCCAGAUCCUCAACUGCUCCCGGCAGGAGCACGUACUCCCGGAAACUGACGACGUUGGCGAGGCUGCGCCUAGCCCUACAGCGUCGAGCGGCGGCUCCAAAAACCCCACCACGGCCAUCUUCGUCGCGUCGCUGUACGCUGACUACUACAGGCGGCUGACGUCGAGGUACUCCGCGGCGAAGGGCGGCGGCGCGACGAGGAGGGUGGGCGUGUUCCAGCGGACGCACGAGGAGCGGCAGGCGACGGAGAGCCUGGCGCACAACCAGAGGGCGCUGGCGGAGAUCUACCUGCUCAGCUUCUGCGAGGAGCUGGUGACGUCCGGGCUGUCCACGUUCGGGUACGUGAGCAGCGGCCUCGCGGGCAUUCGGCCGGCGAUCCUGCUCACCGCGUUUGACCACGUUGUCCCCGAGACGCCGUGCCGGCGGGCUGCGUCCAUCGAGCCGUGCAACCUCACGCCGCCCCGGGGCGUGGAGUGCCUGAGCAGGCCCGCGGACAAGGAUGACCUGGCACGCCACGUCAGGGUGUGCGAGGAUUUCAAGGACGGGGUCAAGUUCUUUGACUAGCGGGCGUGGCGCUGUUACUUUAUUUUCCAUGCAUUUUCCUGCUUGCUAUAGCUACGGUAGCGUGUGUUGAUUGAGCAAGGGGAUGUUAACUUGGUCAAAGGUCAACUAAUGUUCCUCUCGGUCAAAACAAAUGUUUCACCUUCAUGAUAA